GGAAGGCCCAGGGGGCUGCUCUGAGAGCACUCUGGAGUGUGCAAGGUGGAAGGCCCAGGGGGCUGCUCUGAGAGCAUCUGGAGUGUGCAAGGUGGAAGGCCCAGGGGGUUGCUCUAAGAGCACUCUGGACUGUGCAAGGUGGAAGUUCCAGGGGGCUGUCCUGAGAGCAUCUGGAGUGUGCAAGGUGGAAGUUCCAGGGGGCUGUCCUGAGAGCAUCUGGAUUGUGCAAGGUGGAAGGCCCAGGGGGCUGCUCUGAGAGCACUCUGGGCUGUGCAAGGUGGAAGGUCCAGGGGGCUGCUCUGAGAGUAUCUGGAGUGUGCAAGGUGGAAGUUCCAGGGGGCUGCUCUGAGAGUAUCUGGACUGUGCAAGGUGGAAGGCCCAGGCGCCUGUCCUGAGAGCAUCUUGAGUGUGCAAGGUGGAAGGCCCAGGGGGCUGCUCUGAGAGUAUCUGGGCUGUGCAAGGUGGAAGGCCUAGGGAGCUGCUCUGAGAGCACUCUGGGCUGUGCAAGGUGGAAGGCCCAGGGAGCUGCUCUGAGAGCACUCUGGGAUGUGCAAGGUGGAAGGUCCAGGGGGGUGCUCUGAGAGUAUCUGGAGUGUGCAAAGUGGAAGGCCCAGGGGGCUGCUUGAGAGCAUCUGGAGUGUGCAAGGUGGAAGGCCCAGGCGCCUGUCCUGAGAGCAUCUGGAGUGUGCAAGGUGGAAGUUCCAGGGGGCUGCUCUGAGAGCACUCUGGACUGUGCAAGGUGGAAGUUCCAGGGGGCUGCUCUGAGAGCACUCUGGAGUGUGCAAGGUGGAAGGCCCAGGGGGCUGCUCUGAGAGCAUCUGGACUGUGCAAGGUGGAAGUUCCAGGGGGCUGUCCUGAGAGCUUCUAGAUUGUGCAAGGUGGAAGGCCCAGGGGGCUGUCCUGAGAGCAUCUGGAGUGUGCAAGGUGGAAGGUCCAGGGGGCUGCUCUGAGAGCUUCUAGAUUGUGCAAGGUGGAAGGCCCAGGGGGCUGCUCUGAGAGCAUCUGGACUGUGCAAGGUGGAAGGCCCAGGGGGCUGCUCUGAUAGCAUCUGGAGUGUGCAAGGUGGAAGGCCCAGGGGGCUGUCCUGAGAGCACUCUGGAAUGUGCAAGGUCGUGGUCCCAGGGCCUGUCCUAGAACUCUGGGCGUGUGGAGGUGGUGGGCUCAGGAGGCUAUUCUGAGAGCACUUGGAGAUUUGGGGCCUAUCAUUUCUGUGCUUUACAUCAAUCUCAUUAAAGAACUGAUUCAGCCGUGGUAGACCUGAGUGAUCUGGCAGAUCUGUUGAUGCUGUUGAUGGAACUUUCUACCAGCUCUGUUCAAGCCAUGUUUAUUUCCUUACGAGACUGAUGCUUGACAGUGGAAUUUCUGAUUCAGGAAACCCGGGGACUGGAACCUCGAACCUCGCUCGAACCUGGAACCCCCAACUUCAAACCUGGGGCCUUGAACUUGAACCCCGGCGCUGGAGGAGAGCCAGCUUAUAUCCCCUCCAGGAGAUGAAGGAGGAAAAAAAUAUGCUGAGAAUAUCCACAGCAGCUCAAGAAACCCAAGAUCUCAGGCUGCGCAGAGGACUCAGCCAACAGAACAGCCUACAGUAGAGGGCGCUGCCUGGCUAGCAGGAUUAUUCAUUUCCCACGCUCUGACUGGCAUCUGCCAGGUGCCAUGCUGUGUUCCACCUGGAGAUGCGGAGGUGAAAGGCCCAACUUUGUCCUGAGAAUCCCAGCUUAGUCCGUGUUCCUGCGGGAAAGAGAAAGGCUCAUGCUAUAUGCGAACGUGCUGGAGCGGAAAGAGGAGCUAGAUGAGGCGGACCACGCGACUGCUGGCUGGCUGGGUCCUGAGAAGGAAAGAACCAUUAAACACACUUGCUGCUUCCAGCACGUUAACUCACAGCACGCCUAUCAGGUAGGCACUGAUACCUCAUUUUAAAGAUGAAGAAAUGGAGGUGGAAAAAGGUAAAUACCUUGCCCAAGGUAGAGCAGCUAAAUGACCUCCACUGCAGGACUUCUCGGGCUGUAAUGCGCACAAGGUUCUUUCUAAAACGCAAUCUGAUUCACCCCGUUUGGGGUGUUGCCUAAGAUUCUGCUUUUCUAGCCAGCUGUCCAGAAGAUGUUGAAAUAAGUGAGAAAUGGGAAUGGGUGACCCCCGUUUCUGUACUGGAAGGCACUGUGACAGGGGAGGCAGCCAGGGGUGGGGGCCUCAAGCCUGUAUUCCGAUGCGCAAUCAACAGUAAUCGUGCCUGCCCCUGGAGAUGUUAGGACACCGGUGAGAUCCCAUGUAUCAAGCACAGAGCAAUCUGGCUGACAUUUCAGAGCUUUCGUGGACAUUAAUAACAAAAGCAGCUUGAAAAACUGCCGUUUCAUUCUUAUCCUGGGUUAGAACUGCCGGGCUACGCACUUUUAAUGGAAGUAUCUAAGUGCAUUCUUAGUAUUUCCCAACGAAACGUCUGGAUUUGCUCUUGAAUUCUAAAAGGAGUGCAUCUCUUUGAUCUUAGGGGACGGCGAUGAUGGGAAAUAAACAGUUACUGCAGUGGGAACUGCCAUUUCCUCCGUCUUGGGGGAGGAAAGCAUCAAGCUCUAGUUGUUGCCCGCGUAUUUGCCUCAUAGUCAGAGAAAACAGAGACCAGGGAUUGUCAUUUUCCUUUUAACCAUGUCCAGAAGACACUCAGAUCUCCCCCGGGUUUAAAACAAAGGGUUAGAACAAAGACGCACAACCAGAGCGCAGGCGGGCGGCCGACGCGCUUUUGGAUUGGUUGAGAUACCGUCCAAUAAGAAAGAAGAACCGGCAUCUCCUAUUUACAUAAAUUCUUCUCCGCUCCCGCCGCGGCUCAGGCCGUCCAAUCAGAUGCUAGAGAUUUGGAGCCUUCAUUUGAAUAUAAAGAUGACAAAUAGCUCUACCCUCAUUGCAUUACCGUUUGUGUCCGCUCCGUCGCCACCUCGUUAUGCCGGAGCCUUCCCGCUCGGCUCCGGCCCCCAAGAAGGGCUCCAAGAAAGCCAUCACCAAGGCGCAGAAGAAGGACGGCAAGAAGCGCAAGCGCGGCCGCAAGGAGAGCUACUCCAUCUACGUGUACAAGGUGCUCAAGCAGGUGCACCCCGACACCGGCAUCUCGUCCAAGGCCAUGGGCAUCAUGAACUCCUUCGUCAACGACAUCUUCGAGCGCAUCGCCAGUGAGGCCUCCCGCCUGGCGCACUACAACAAGCGCUCGACCAUCACGUCCCGCGAGGUGCAGACGGCCGUGCGCCUGCUGCUGCCCGGCGAGCUGGCCAAGCACGCCGUGUCCGAGGGCACCAAGGCCGUCACCAAGUACACCAGCUCCAAGUGAGGCGGUCCCAGGCGCCCCAAACCCAAAGGCUCUUUUCAGAGCCACCUCUAAGCUCAAAGAGGAGCGUGCCACCUGCUGUUGU